AUGAACGCCCCAGGAACAGUAUGCGCUCGAUGCGCAAAGAUUAAACAGCGUUGCGACGGCGGCACUCCCUGUUCCCGCUGUGCCCGCCUCGGGCACACCUGCGAAGCCCAGAUUAGGGGGUCGAUGAUGGCUGCUAGAUCCAGCGAAGCACAGACACAUGCACAGACACAGGCCCGCCGGCCGCGCGCCUCGCGAUCGCGCGCCGGCUGCCUGUCGUGCAAGGAGCGGAAGAAGAAAUGCGACGAGACACGUCCGCGCUGCAGCGAUUGCCGCCGCCUCAAUCUUCCAUGCCGCUGGUGGAGUCGGAGUCCUAUCUCUAGCUCUGGCUCUGUCUCUGAGUUGGAUCGUCAGUCGCCGUCGCAAGGCGUGCCUCUAUCCGACACGGCCACCGCCGCCCCCAGUACGUCGCCCUCCCGCGAAGGCUGGAUUGCACCAUCCGAUCAGAGAGGCAGUGCCUCCCCAUCCGGCUCUGCAUCCGUAUCCGCAGCCGGCCACGGAUCUAAUAUCGACUGGUCGGCGCAGGCGGAGAUGGUAGUAACGCCCGUCGCGUCGCCCGGCGGGGACAUGCCCUAUCUGGACAACGAGGAGGACCGCUCGCUAUUCAACCACUACUUGCACACCGUUGCACGCGCGCUUUCGCGAACCGCCAGCACCGACUCCGCCGGUAACCCAUUCCUAACCACACUCGUGCCGAUGGCGGCGGCGUCGGACACCCUGACUAGCGUGCUGCUGGGGUUAAGUGGAUGCCACUGGCGACGGGUGUAUCCCGGUAUCUGGAAGCGUGCGCUGGCACGACAAGGACGGGCUCUAUCACAGGUAAACGGGCUCCUCGCUCGACGCGAUGGACCAUAUCCAUAUCCGCUGGAAGCCUGCGCCGCGGUCCUCCUCCUAUGCCUUACAGAGCUAUGCGACGGCACCUCGCGAGUCUGGAAAUGGCAUCUCAAAGCAGCACGCACCCUCCUCGCGUCAACCCCAACAGCGGAGCCAGAGGGAGGAGCAGAAGUAACAGCCGAGGGCGCUUUCUGUCGAACCCUCUUCCACUACCUUGACAGCAUGUCGACCAUCUCCCGCUGCAAGCCCCCUCUACUGCACAAAGUCCAGGGGAACAGCAGUAGCGGUCUAGCCGAUCUCAUAGCCACGACGACUAAUACCAGUGCUGAAUUGCAACCCACAAACACCAGCCCCGCGGACCCGAUAUCCGGCAUGGCACCAGCUCUACUUGACCUACUGGGGAUGGUGAAUCUGCUCGCAGCGCACCGCAGCAGACGCGUCGACGAGCUGUCCGACCUCGGGUUCCGGACCGCCGCUGCGCAGGUCCAGGCGCGACUGGACAACUGGCGUGCCGCGUAUGAUGAAUCUGUAGUAGGGCCAGUGAAUGAUCGUAAUGAGACCAGUGCUCCACACGCAAACUCAGCAACAACAGCCUUCGAAUGGGCUGUCCGCCUCCGCCUGCACCAAAUCGUAGACGGGUACGACCCUCGCCAUGCCGCUGUUGAAACGGCGCUUGAGCGGAUCUUACAGGCCGUCUUGAGCAUCCCAUAUGGGAGUCCCGUGGAGGGGAGUCUACUUUUCCCGCUGGUUAUCGCAGGCGCGAGCAGUACGGUGAUGGAGAGGCGUAUGCUAGUCAAGGAGAGACUGAUGGUGAUGGAGAAUACCGUCGGGUUUGGACAUAUUGGCCGGGCAAGGGAGCUACUGGAGACGGUGUGGGCAGAGGAGCAGCAGCAGGGGGGGUGUAAUUGGGCCAGGGUCAGGUAUACUCGCUUUCCGGGGGUUGUAUUCAUCUAG